AUGACCAGGGCUUCGAUUUCCGGUAGCUGAUACGAGCUCUCUCUGUGUCUGUGUCUCUCUCUCUCCCUGAGCAUUGAAUAUCAGCGGGCGGAGGCGGAGGGGCGCCUGGCACACACACACACACACGCGCGCACACACACACACACACACACAGGUGGGGGGUGGAGGAGGACAGAGGGAGAAGCCAGUGACCGGGGGAUGGGAGACACUUUCCCCUCCCCACAGCCACCCCCUCACCAUAUCACCCUACCAGCCCCAGCCAAUACAGGGAAUAGACCACAGCCUCCCCGCCCCGCAUUCCUAUGGACAGACACCUGCAGGGAUUUUUGUGUUGGUGAAUCAGUUAACGUUUCCAAAAUGCAAUAUAAAAAUUAAGUUUUGCCAACACAUGAAGAUUGGGGAAGACAUGGGAGAGAGACGUGGAAACAGAAGUGGCAGAGAAAUGGCACUCUGGAGCAAAGAACGGGGAAAAUAUCCCAUGCAUCAUUCUCUGGAAUACGGGUGCUGCAGAGACUAACCCAAAUGGCAUCCGCUUGAAUUGGAACAAACCUUCUGGAGUGAUGAAAGCUGUGUACUUGCAGGAUUCUUCCAUUAAGGGGAGCUGGAGGUAAGCAGUGGAUAAAUCAAGGGUUGUAAAGACUCUUGCCUCCUUCAAGGAAAGGAGUUGUUGAUCCUAUAACAUGGAGGAUUGCCUUCAUACCUCUUCUGAAAACCUUUCCAAACUGGUCAGUUGGGCCCACAGCCAUGGGACCAUCUGCAGCCUCAUUCCAAAUCUAAAGCACUUGCUUUCUGAAGGUUCCCAUGGCAACCUGACAGCUAUGUGGGGCUGUAGCGCAGGCCAUGCGUAUCAUUGGCCACUGACUGCUACCUGCAGGGCUGGGUCUCAGGAAAGAGUAUGUUUCCAGGACAACAGAAGCUUCAACUCAGACAGUCCCAGCAUCAUAGGUGUGCCCUCGGAGACACAGACUAGCCCAGUAGAGAGGUACCCUGGGAGACCAGUGAAAGCAAAAUUGGAUUGUAACAGAACCAGGGACUCCUGUGAUUUCUCUUACUGCAGUGAGCCUUCAGAGCUAGAUGAAGCCGUGGAAGAAUACGAAGAUGAGGCUACCCUCUUUGACAUGGUCUGCGAGUCCUCGGUGACAGAUGAAGAUAGUGACUUUGAACCUCAUACCCAAAGAUCUCAAACCAUUUCCCGCAAAAGGCCUGGAGCGGGCCAAUCCUCAUCAUCUCUUUCAGGCUCCCAGUCUCAGGUCAUCGAUGAAAGUAGUAACAAUGUGAUCGUCAAAAAGAUUAAGCAAGAAAUCCCUGAAGAUUAUUAUAUUGUGGCUAAUGCAGAACUUACUGGUGGCAUUGAUGGGCCUGCAUUAUCGCUGACGCAGAUGUCAAAGCCCAAGCCUCAAACUCAUGCUGGACCUUCCUAUAUUGGCCCUUCUAAGCCCACCCCUCCUGUAGCGCCUUCUCUCAGUGCUGAGCUAGACUUACAAAAUGUGUCUGCUUCUCCCCCCGUCAUAUCGAGGCCUGCAGUUCAGAAGCCUGCAAGAGUAACUCUGGCUUCUCCAAACAGAGGACCAGCUAGCACCCCUACAGCCAACCAACAGGUAGCGCUCCAGAUGCCAGUCAGUACUUCCAAUACCAGCAAACAGAUUAGCAUUCCUUUAUCAGCCCUGCAGCUCCCUGGACAAGAAGAGCAAGCUGCUUCAGAAGACCUUCUCCAACCCGUGCCAAAUCAGGUUCCUGCUGGCGAAGUAGCAUUAUCUCCUUCAAUUAGCGCGGAGCCGGAAGUCAGCUCUAGUCAGCAACAACCUAACACUGCUCCUAUCAUCACUGCGGAGGCAACAGCACAGUCAAUACCAGACCAGGAUGAGAGAGCAGCGGAACUCAGCAGGGAGCAGAAUGAGAAAACCAUUCGCAGCACUCAGACGGCUCUCCGUAACUUCAGAGAGUUUCUCAUCUCCAAAUAUCCCUCAGAAACCCGGGAAAUCUAUGUCAUCCCUUGCAAAGAGCUCGAUGCAUACCUAGCUUCCUUCUUUGUGGAUGCCAGACAGAAGGAUGGCUCAGAAUAUGAGCCAAACAGCUUGGCCAACUAUCAGUGCGGGCUGGAGCGCUAUCUCAAAGAACACAGGUAUGGAUACAGUAUUACAAGGGAUAAGGAGUUCAAGAGAUCUCAAGAAGCUUUGAAGCAAAAGCAGAUAGAGCUGAGGUGUAAAGGUAAAGGAAACAAGCCACACAAAUCCAUGAAGCUGACCUUUGCUGAUGAGCUUAUCCUACGCAAAAGAGGCUUGUUGAGUCGAUAUAAUCCCGAGGGGCUGCUGAACCUUGUCUGGCUAAAUAAUACUAAGGCGUUUGGACACUGUACAGGUUUUCAUGGGUCCACCCUCAAAUGGGGGGAUAUCAGGCUCAGGGUGACAGAAACAGGCUUGGAAUACUUGGAGUGGAUGGGGCAAGAGACUGGGGAUAUGAAUGCCAAAACCAAGAGAGGAGGGACUGAUUCCAGAGUCUAUGCCACCCAGCAUGCUCCACAGACCUGCCCAGUGCAAGACUACAAGGAGUACGCUCAAAGACGGCCCCCUGCCAUGCGAUACGAAGAUGCUCCUUUCUACCUGUCUAUCAAGCCAGUUGUCAACCUGGCUGCACUUCAUUGGUACAACUGUCAAGCCCUGGGGAAAAACAAGCUUGCAAAGAUGGUAAAGACGAUGUGCGAGAAGGGCAACAUCCCUGGCAGAAAGACCAACUUCAGCGUCUACCAGAGCUGCAGCACCCUGUCCGAAGCACAGAGUAACCAGCUGGUGCUAAUCUGUAACAAUUUAAGUCAACAAGCUGCCCAGUCUAUGGCAAGCCACUCCAGUUCUGGCAACUUCAUAGUGUCGGCUUCUUAUGACUCUUCCUCCGACACGGCCUGAAAGGUGGAUUUCAAUUGAACAGUUUUUUGUUAAGCUCUGAAUUUAUGCCCAAUAAUACACAUCAACUGUGAUUGUACACUAUUCCCCACACCUUCCCAGUGUUAAUUCACUUUAUAAAAAAUAUAAAUAUAUAAUAUAUUUUUCUUUUUACAAAUAAGUCGAUAGAAAUAGUUUAGUAUUACUAACAUAGUAUUUAUAGUGUUUAAUACAAAAAUGAAAGCUACUUAUGGGUUAUAAUAUAAUUGCAGAUUUUACAAGGGCAAAAUGGUUCUCAGGCAACACAAGAGAGACUGGAAAUACAGUUUUUAACAGGCAUGCAAACAAUGAGUGUAAAUCCCCAUGGAGGCUUACAUCUCAAAUCUGUUUUAAAUCGUUUUGUAAAGCUUCUUAUUUUAACAACAUGAUCUCCAAGGUAGAGGGAGACAAACUUAUCACUGGCUACCUGAAAGCUUGUUCUUGUUCAGCCAGACCAGGAAAUAAGAGAUGUAUCAGUGUAAGCUUGUGAAAUCGUUUAGAGCAGUUUUUGUUUUCUUAUCGUUGUGGUCCCUGAGACUCAUUUAUGCCAGCCGGAAAAGUAUAUAAUAUUCCUAAACAAAGUCCACUGAAGACUAUUUUUAACUAUUUUUUGUUGUUGAUUUUCUGUGAUCAAAAAUGUCGCCGGUCUUUAGACUAUGAAAUAUUGUUUUGAACAAUAUGCAAAGGUGUAAUGGCAAAAAGACUGUUAUACAAAUAAUCUUUACUGUUUCAAACUAAGCAUUGGUCAUUAGUAUUUUGUUUUAUGUCAUCCAUGGAAAUGCAGCGUGAGCUUCUACUAAAUUAGAAUUUCAGCUACUCUUUCAAUUGUCCAGGGAAUGCAACAGUGCUGAAAAAUCAGAAAUCUUUUCCCAAGCCAUAAAAAUAGACUACGGAUAAAUCAAAUGUGUCUUCAAUUGUCAUUCAAAAUCCAUAGGAGGCAUAAUGGACAAUUUAAAUCAUUUUUAUAUUUAAUAUGUGGGGGGGAUCUAAAUUCUUAAAAUACUAGAAAACACAAUGAGCUAAAUUCAGCUAACACACAAUUCCCAUUGAAGACAAUAUGUGUGAAUAUUAGGGUGACAAGAUGUCCCGAUUUUAUAGGGACGGUCCUGAUUUUUGGGGAUUUGUUGUAUAUAGGCACCUAUUACCCCCCACCCUCUUUCCCGAUUUUUCAGACUUGCUGUCUGGUCAGCCUAGUGAAUAUGAAAGCAGAAUUUGGCUCUUAAAGACUAAAUAAUGACUGUUAUCUUUCCAGCUGAUUUACUUUGCAGUAUAAUUGUUCAUUAAGCACAGGGAAGACACUAACAAAUUAAACAUUUCAGUUGGAACCAUUACAUUAUAAUCCCUAACCUUUAAAAUUGAGUAUGAUCAUUUUGGUGGUAAUUGAACUGAGUUUACACUGCAUUACAUAUGAAAAUGCUUUGCUAAGGUACCCUAGCACUGCAAAGAUGAGACUUUAGACAAAACUACUAGUGACUUGAUUUGAUGGCCAUGGAAUUUAAUGGCAGUCCAUCCAUUGACUUCAAUGGGUGCUUGAUCAGGCUAUAGGUGAGAAGCUGUUUCUUUAUUGACGUUCUUUAGAUCUGCAACUCUGUAGUGAGUGACAUUUAAACCAGUGGAGAAUAAAGGGAGGAUGAGAAUAAGGGUAGCAAAAAGAAGUAGAAACUGACCAACCCAACACUGUGUUUGAAUAUACUUUAACUGAUACGAGGAUGAAAUUUUCUCCUAUGCAGAGGAUUAGCGUAAGGUUCUAUGCAUCACUUCAGCCGUAUUUUGAGGUCUUCAGUGGAACGUUAAUAGCACGUCGGCCUUGUGGUGGCCCUCUGCACAAGCAUGAAUUUCACCCCAACGAAUCUCUCUCCCACCUCACCUUGUAACACAUAUCAACUGUAAAGCAACUUGCGUGUGGCACAAUCUGCUUUUGAACUCCCAGUGAUACUUACAUAUCAGUGCACCUGUGGUACUGCAGGGCUUUGAUUUCUUGUGUGCUUGCUAAGCCAGAGUUUUGCACAAGAGUGUAAAAUCACCAAGAGCUACUACUCUACCCAUCUUUCCGGCCCCUGAGUUACUAAUAGAUACCGUACCCUUUCUUCCCCACUGUUUAGGACUUUGGGGUAGACGUUGGUUUGGCUGGAGUCAGGUGAGGGUAGCUGAUAGUUCAUACUGCACGUUCUUACUGGCUUUACAACAGGCAUUGGUCUUGAUUUUGAACAUCUCAUUUGAGGCCAAAACUUGCGCCCAUGGAUAUUAGCGUCAGGUGUGCCACUGAGUUCAGUGGAUCAGGAUAUUUGACCCGUUCGGGUGUGUCUACACUGCAGUUGGAGGUGUGAUUGGAGAACAGAUUGGCGUACCCAUGCUAGCUUAACCUAGCUAGCACACCUAAAAAUAGCAGUGCAGGUGCGGGGGCAUGGGCUAGCAACGUGAGUAUGUACCCAGAGCCACUGAUGUGCUUGCGCAGCCUGUGCUGAGCUAGCUUGGGUACGCAACCUGAGCUGCAGUCAGACCUCCAAUUGCAGUGUAGACAUAACCUUAGUAAAGGAGGAGGAAAAAUAAGGGACAGUAGUGAUGGUGAUGGGCCUUCCAGGGCUUCUAGAUGGUGCCUGCAAAUAAAUGUGCCAAUAUCCCACACAGUUUGGGUAUCCAAAUGCCAUUCCUGUGACUCCCCCACAUGCCCUGUCCUAACAUGCUUUCUUGGAGAGACUUGUGGUGGUGAUGUGCAAGGUGCUGUAGAAUCCCCCUGCUUGGCCUCUCUGCUCCCACAGAACGGAACUGCGGUGUCUUGAGGGCAUCCGGUUCCUCCCGAGGCUGAGCAGGAGACACAGGGGACCCAUUGAACCUAGUGGCAACACCACCAUGAGAGAUAGUAAUGCCUCCCUCUCUUGGGAACCCAUUUAGGUAGGACCUGGAAUUGUUAGCUCAGGUGAAUUGGUUUGUGGUGUGAUUUCUGCCUUGUCAUAUGUUCUGAUCAACCUUUGUAUCCCUGAUUGGCCCCAUACAGCCUAACUAGAAACACAUUUCUCCACCAAACACUUGAAAUGUUGCUUUGUGCAUGUGAGUGUUGUGUUUUAGGGUAUGUGUCUACACAGCAGCUGCAGCAGACUGGGCAGCGGCUUGCUCUAGCCAACCAAGUACGUCCCCAAAGGGUCAGGUGAAAUUGUACUCGGGUGGGUUGCCGGAGCCGCUGCUCAUAUUGCUGCAGCCACCAGCUAUUUUUAGCAUGCUAACUUCUGCAGAGCUAGCGCGUGUCUGUCUACCCAGGCUGGGAAUUCUACCUCCCAGCUGAAGUGUAGUCAUCCACUUAACCUUACCAGAGCCUUUUAGUAUAAUCAGAGUAGAUCAUUAAGGAAGAAAAGGCACUAAGGUUGCUGAAUGCACUUGGGGAGCAAGAGCAGUUCCAUUGCUUUUUGCUUCUCAGUCCAUAUUUCCCAUACCCUUCCUGCCAGCUCCCGUUCCCAGCGUUUGUCUGUUUGGCAUUUACAGGUUUGAGUUUGGGAUCACGUCAUAGGCAGGGUGUUAAUCUUGAUAUAACUGUGAAAGAUGGCAGCUCUGCUAGUUCCCAGGCUUAGGAAUCAGUGUGUAUUUUGGAGAUUGGGAGGGAGGGGCAUGGAUAUUACAUUUAUUUUAUUUUUAAAUACAUGUUUUAGCCUUUUCUUUUGUACGUUAUGACAACCCUAAUGAGUAACUCAGGGUUACAAUACUGAACUUGCCAUGCCAGUGGCAGAAUGCUGAGAGCUUUGCUAGGGAUGGGCAGCACAAUACAGAGCUCUCUAGAUAGACUCUUUGUUGAGGUAGCUUUGAACACAUCGGGCCAGAAUCUGAUAUCUGUAUAGGAGGGUUGCCACUGGCUGUGCCCCCACUGCCAGCCUGACCGUCCUCCCCCUAGCAGCUUGCCCCCACACCCAUCCCACCCCAGGAGCCCCUGGCUUGUCACACACACACACACACAGAGCAAGACCAGGGCAUUGGCUGGACUUCAGCGUGUUGUCCCUCAGCUGCAAAGCACAUGGCUGGCAGCAAAUAAAACCUGGCAUGCCACAUCCGCUGACCAGGAACCAGCAAGGCAGCAGAAAAACUGGCCAGGCCAGGCGGCAACCCUACUGAGUAGCACCAUCCUCCAACGGUAGAUCCAUUGGCGUCAAAGGGCAGUGGGAGGAAGGUACUAUUCAGUCUGAGUAAUGGUAUCAGAAUCUGGCCCAUAAAGGAGGCACUAUAUACUUCCUUAUGAAUACGCCUGCUGUACGUUUUAAUGUAACCUGUCAAAAUGGAGCUUUGAGAAGUGAGUUCAAGUACUGAUCUCUUUUUUAACUUUGAGAAAAUGAGUGGAAUGACUCUUCCCGUGCCAUAUUUGCCUGUUGAAAUAGCUGUAAGGGGGAAUGCUAUUGUCUCUGCAGUGUGACGCUUUCCUGUUAGUAAAGCCACGACAGUGCAGCCAGGACAUAGUUCUGUAAGUUGCCACCAGGGCCGGCUUUGGCUUUUUUGCCACCCAAGGCAAAAAAGCCUCCCGCCGCCCCCACCCCCAG